AUGUUCGCCAGAAGUGGGAACAUCGUUGUGGGAGUCUAUUCUGGGGCUGAAGUCCAAAAGGCUAGCAGUGCGAGGCUGAUAGAGACCUUCCAAGAUAACGCAGAAAGCGGCAUCACGGUUUUUGAAACAUGCGCAGGCCUCGAAAAAGCAGCCCAAACGUUUGGUCUCUUUGCAGGCAGCGUGGUGGAGAUGGACCAAGUUCAAGAUGCUGUCAAAAUCUGGGCCGAUGCCAACUGUCUGGACCAAGAUCUCAUGAGCCCCCUUGAUGGCAUUGAGAUGGACAUUCUCGUCUCCUCAAUAGAAACAUCAAACGACGGAGGCGAUUUGCACGCGAGGGCCGCAUGUCGCGAUAUUGAAGAUGGUUGUUGGGCUAUCGCGGAUGCGUUUGGUAUUACUGAGUUGUCCAUCGAGAACAAUAACUUGAAAACUUGGGGAUGGGCAGGGUGCGGCCAACUACAAGCCGGUCAAGUCAUUUGUAUAAGUAAGGGAACUCCCCCAUUUCCGUCUCCGGUGGAAAACACUAUCUGCGGGCCUCGAGUACCAGGGACGAAAAAGCCCGCCGCUGGCACCGACAUCGCAACUUUGAAUCCAUGUCCGCUCAAAGCGUGCUGUGAUGUUUUGGGUUGGUGUGGAGUCACCUCGGAGUUUUGCACUCCAACCCCAGCCGAUACAGGCGCGCCUGGUACCGCAAAGCCAGACACAAAUGGUUGUAUCUCGAAUUGCGGCACGAAGAUCACCAACAACGCGAAAGCCCCGGCGUCUUCCCGGCGGGUCGGAUAUUUCGAGGCAUGGAACGCGAAAAGAAAGUGUCUCCAUAUGGAUGUUACAGAGCUCGCCAACUCCGACCUCACGCACAUCCACUUUGCAUUCGCUAUUGUCACCCCAGAUUAG